CCAGGCUGUGGACCUCAUACCGCGGGCUUCUCCAUGUCCGCCUCUCGCCCCCUGGAGGCAACGCAGCUGCCCGGGACUCUGCCGCGGUAAAUCUGUGGGGGGACGAGAUGUCGGGCUGUUGAAAGCUGUUGACCCGAACUUCCUUUUAUUUUUCUGGACACUUGAGUUAGAACCGAGCACAUUUCAUCAUAAUGCUCCGUUUUCACACUACCGACGAAUCAAUUGAGAGCAGCCCCGAGUGGAAACGGCGUCCAGGAGGCAGAGUUGAGUGUGAAGCAGUCCGAACACGGGACAGGAACAGGAAACCUUCAUGUGGUGUAGCAAAGGUUUCUGGAUCCAAAUGUCAAGGACAAGAGACUCUUUUUCUUUCGGGAACCAACAGUGUGUGACGUAAACGGGAAAGGACAUCUAAUGAUGACUCUCAUCAGUGUGUCAGUGUUGAGUGAAUAAAGCGCUAUAUCUGAAGGUAAAAGGAGAGACCGUGUGAAAAUAUGGUUAACUUAACAUAUGUUUCAAACCUCAACAAUCGUCAGCGUCUGCUGAAGGACCUGCAUUUUUUAAUGAGACUGUUGGUCUUGUGUUGGAACACUUUGGACAAUUGUUACUAAGGGAUUACUACAGACCCGAGACCAGGCUAUUUAGCCAAAAUGUAAUGACUUUUUUGCUGGAAUUUUCAAAGAACAGUUGUUUUUUAAACUUUUGUUUAUGAUUUUAUGUACUUUUUGGAUCUGUUUGAAAUGGAGAUACAGUGCCGUUUAUGGAAUAAGGACUGGGCCACCUUUAUAAGGCCAUGGAUACCUAUACUGUUAGGCCUUCACCUUCAGUUCUCACGCGCCUCCAACUGUCCUGAGGAGUGUCGCUGUGAUCGCACCUUCAUUUACUGCAAUGAACGGAGCCUGACCUCAGUGCCUCUCGGAAUUGGUGAGGGUUAUAAGACCCUCUACCUCCACAACAACCAAAUCAAUAAUGCUGGGUUUCCUGUGGAGCUCCACCAUGUUGCUUCUGUGGAAACUGUGUAUAUCUAUGGCAACCAUCUGGAUGAAUUCCCCAUUAAUCUGCCCAAAAAUGUGAGGGUUCUACAUCUGCAAGAAAACAACAUUCAGACUAUCUCCAGAGCGGCUUUGGCUCAGCUUCUUUGGCUGGAGGAGCUUCAUUUGGAUGAUAACUCCAUUUCGACUGUAGGGGUGGAAGAAGGGGCCUUUCGUGAGGCAAUUAGCUUGAAGAUGCUCUUCCUUACCAAAAACCACCUCAGCAGUGUGCCUAUUGGUCUCCCAGAUGAUCUCAAAGAGUUGCGAUUGGAUGAGAACAGAAUUGCAGUCAUUGCAGAGGAGGCUUUCAGUAAUGUCACAAGGCUAGAGCGCCUCCUGUUGGAUGGAAACCUUUUGACAGAUGAAGGGAUUGCACCAGGGACCUUCAAGGAUCUGAUCACUCUAAGAGAACUGUCCCUGGCCCGCAACUCACUCACGUACCCUCCUCCAUUCCUCCCUGGGGAGGUGCUCGUCAAGUUAAACUUUCAGGAAAAUCAGAUAAACUACAUCCCUGUCAGGUCAUUUGCAGGGUUGCACAAGUUGGAGAGACUGGAUAUUUCAAACAACCAGUUGCAGUCUCUGACACAGGGUGUCUUUGAUGGUCUUGUCAGCCUGAGACAGCUCACUGUGCGGAAUAACCUUUGGUUAUGCGACUGUAGUAUCAAGUGGGUGGUGUCGUGGCUUAAAUCUCUGCCUGCCUCACUCAAUGUGCGUGGUCUCAUGUGCUAUAAACCGGAAAAGUUGCGGGGAAUGGUGAUCAGGGAGCUGAGCGCGGAGCUGGUCCAGUGCCAGAGCACAAAGACAGAACCCUUAUCCACCUCAGCAGCUGAUUCUCUGCUGAUACCGUCCUUGUCACCUUCAGCAGACCCCACUGUCAUCACUCAUGUUUCCUCCUUCACCAGGAAACCCUUCCCCAUAUUACCCACUCUCUACUCUGUCUAUACAACCAGAGAGGGGGCACUGAGGACUAAACAACCUAUUCAUCCCCGGAGAGACACAGUACAGGUUACGUUUGCCAUACUGAAUGGCUCAGCUAUCCACGUCAGCUGGGAGGCGGCCUUUCCUGUCACUGCCUACAAGGUGACGUGGGCCAGGAUGGGCCCCAGUCUGACAGGGGACACUGUCAGAGAGAGAAUAGUGGGUGGGGAUCACCGUGGAAUCCGCCUGGCUAAUCUCGAGCCAAAAUCCACCUAUCGUAUCUGUGUCAUUCCCUUGGAUGCAUUUAAUAAUUACCGGCCAAAAGAUGACACUGUGUGCUCUAUAACCAUGACCACACCAGCAUCCUUCAGCCGUGACAAUAACAAAAAUCUGCCAGGACCUGAGCAGGCCACACAAAAAGAACCCAGCUCAUCUUUUUUGCUGGCUGGGCUGAUCGGUGGGGCUGUGACUCUGGUCCUGAUCAUUCUCCUCAGCAUUUUUUGCUGGCAUGUGCACAAGAAAAGCCACUCCAAGUCUUCUACCAAGUGGAAAUAUAACCGGGGUCGGAGAAAAGAUGACUACUGUGAGGCAGGCACCAAGAAAGAUAAUUCUAUUUUAGAAAUGACCGAGACCAGCUUUCAAAUAGUCUCACUCAACAAUGAGCAGCUCCUCAAGGGAGAUUUGCACAUUCAGCCUAUUUACACACCUAAUGGGGGCACUGGCUUCAGAGACUGCCCCCCGGGAGACAACAGCACAGUCUACUGCAAGAACAAUGUUCAACAUGCAGAAUUGUGUUGCACAUGAUAGUUUUAGGGAGCAUCAGGAACAUUUUUACUGACUACUACCCUCACUUUACUGGACACUGUACAGUGUUAAUAUUAUUUUAAACCCUCUGUGGCUUCAAGAAAUGUAAUUUAUACAAGUUGCUGGAUGUAUCUUUUAUACAACAAGAUUUGUUAUUAAGCUAUUACCUUGUGGGGUUGUCUAGUUGGGGUCCUGUGUAUACAGCCAUGCACAAUCAGGAUUCCUUUAAAUGAAAAACAUAUGGCUUGGUUUGAUUUUGAGGAAUAAUGAUUUUGUCAUUGUAUGCUGUGACUCACAAAUGCAGGAUCCACACUGUAGGUGGAUUAUUUAUUGUACUGAAACCAGGUUGUCUUUCUUUCUGUAUGACUCGUUCAGACCUGAUAUUAAUACCUGUCCUGAGUGAUCUGAUCAUGUCUAAAUAAGUGUUUCCCAAACAUUAACACUUUUUAAAGACUAAAACUAUCAUGAUCCAAAUAAUAUAAAUUAAUCUGUGCAUAAUUGAGAAACUAAUUUACAGCCAUGUCUGUAAUAUCUAACAUCAUUUUGCAUUAGUGAGCCUAAAGAUGUUUGGUAAAUUAAUUUAAAAUAAAUAAAUUAAGAUUUAAUUGUAUGCAUGUUAUUUAAAACAUACAUGCAUCUUCACCCUUAAGGUUAAGAAAAUUUUGUUUGGGGACCCAAAAAAAUUCUCUGCUGUCCCAUCAUUGGCAGUGAACUGGUCAAGAUUAUGCUUAGUACCGGAAUGAAUGCUCCUUAUCCAUUCUGAAUAUGUCAUCAGAUCUGAUCACAAGAUACACAUUUGGAGGUGGUUUGAGGAUGCAUGUGGACACUUUCCUGAGCCGAAUGAAUGAUUAGCUCCCAAAUGUUGAUUCAUUUGUAGUUGGGCUGGGCGAUAUGGAAAGAAAAUCUUACUACAAUAUACUUUUUUAUGCAAUUCAGUGUCAAAAUAUUUCAUGAUGUAAAUCAAAUCAAUAUUUCUCUAAGUCUAGGUGAUAUGGUUUAUAAAUAAUUUCUCAAUGUUGUUAUACAUAUUUUUAUUUGAUAUAGGAGAUAUAGCUGCACACCGGUUGUUUGUCACUCAUGAAACAUACUCAAUAUGAAAAUACAGUCUAAAACAAAAUAUCUACUGUUUAUUAUCUGUAUUACAUUACCUAAGAAACCACUUAUUACCUUUCCAUCCUCUUUAUCCCCCACCGGAGGGUACCUGCUUUAUUUCUUUGGCUUUUUAAAGUUAAAUGAAGGACAUUAACAUGUGUUAUGUAUAUAUAUGUAUAUAUAUAUAUAUAUAUAUAUAUGUAUGUAUGUAAUACCUUAAAACCAGACAGUCAUCACAGAUACCUUAUGAUAUGAUGAUGUCCAAAAUCUAAGAACAUAUCUUGUCUCAUGUCACCAUAUAGAUAUAAUAUCCAUCUAUUGCUCAGCUCUAAUUUGUAGUGACCGACACAUCAUACACAGCGAUUGUCACUAUUCCUUUUCACUAUGGUUGAUUUCAUGUUACUUGCACGGACACAAAUAAGUUUACAUCAGACACAUCUGUAUCGUCAAACAUUUUGUUCUUGUCAACAGACAUUUUGUCAGAGUGUUUGAAUAUAAGGAGUAUGAUGCAAAAUGAGUGUACAGUUGUACUGAAAACUGCACACGGGAUCGGAUCACCAAGGCCAGAUUUUAAAACCAGGUCUGAACAAAGCCCAUAAGGGGAGAAAAGAGUCUGACACACCCCUGCCACAAUGACCAGUAGGGGGCAUAUUUUCUGGAAAUGUAUGUUUUUAAUCAAGUCAUCAUAGUAAUAUGGCACAUUUGCAUAAUUACACCCAUAUUAAAUAAAGAAAUGCUGAUCAUUAGACCUCAGUUGUAGGAAGACAUAAUUUGAUGCAAAUGGAAUUCCUCCAUUUCAAAAGGAAAUGUAAAGGUCACCCUCAUUAAACAUACAGGAAGUGACAGGCCACCAAGCUUUUAGCUACUAUUCAAGUUGAAUUCAUGAUCACAGUUUAGGGAUCGUGUCAUUAUCACAAGUUAUGUUUUAUGGUGGGAUUCCAUCAUUUGUAUGUAAAAUCCAUUAAUCAAUGUACACACACACACACACACACAUCAGUGAUGUGAAGUAUUGCAUUAAUCAUUGUGAUUAAAUUCUAACUAUUCAAAUUUUAAGCAGUUGAAGGGACACCACCAUGGGAUUCAGACACUCGCUUUCACUGAAUACAUGUCUGCUGGGAGGGACAGAAGGGAACACUGAUUUUAGCCACUUAACAAAAGGCUUGCUUAAUAAAAUCUUCACCUGUAAAGUUCUGACAUUGUGCUGGGCGGUAUGACAAAAAAUGUAUAUCACUGUAUUUUUUUUAAAUUUCAGCAGUUUCAUGGUAUGCAACGGUAUUUUUAUAUA